GCUUGCUUCGGCAGGUCGUGUGGCGGUGGCGGCGGAUUUAGCGAUCGGGCCCCCUUCUGCCUUAAUUGUCCCCGAUGCCGAUUGCCAUACUCUACGUCACAACCUUUUCCUUUUUCCUUCGCCCGUCCUCUCUCCCUCUCUUCCUGCCUCCCUUCUUCCCAUCUCUCUCUUCCUCAUUGUUCCUCACAUUUACCACUCAGUCCCCUACUGUUGAGACCCACCAACGCCUUGGUCCGGUAGGAUAACUGGCGGUUCCUUGCGAAUCGUCAUUUCAUCUAUUACCAAACAAACCAAUUAUUAGCGCAAACAAACACAAGCUUGACUCUCUUAAAAAUGCUUCUACUCAUCUCUAAGCAGCUGAAAAUACGCAAGGCCUCCGCUGUGGAACAGCCCGUGCGGGCCGCCCACGGCCCGCCUCGGACCCUUCUUUGCCCCGCCCCGCCCUGCCCCGUGUCCCUUCCGCCCCGCUACCGCUCCGGCGGUGUGGGCGGUCGAGGCAGAGGCUACUGCGCCCAUGGCAGGUUAGCUGGCUGCGUUUCUAAGGAUGAGAUCUCGAGUAGCAAACAAUGUUCAACAUGGGUCCAGCCUGCGUCUAGCUCGCCGACGUUCAGCCGACAAGCUCGCUUGGACCACUGGUACAAACGGUUCCAGCCUGUGGUACGGCAGAGCGGUACCAUUCGCAUCCUCGCUUUACAUUAUGGCAGCCUUCGGUCCAGCGUCCCGGUUCCAGAUCAGCUGUAUACACCGGUCUUCCAGUCACCUAAGCAGACUAUAGACGUUCAGAUUGCUCUUGGUAUCGACAUAGACUCAAGAGGCGUAUUAAGAAAUGGUGAAUCCUGUAUGUUUUUGCCAGGACUUACAAUGAACGGGUGCCCGGGCUCAAAUCUUCAAUCACAGCCCUGGGUUCGCACGGGAAGUUCUCAGUUAGAGAGUCAAGCACGCGAUCUACCACAUCCGUGGGUCUCCAGAUGAGGUUUUUACUGUUUUCCUUUGUUGGUGGGAGGAACCUCCUGCAUUCUCAGAUCAUCCAAUGAUAACACCACUCCCAUGGUGGUCUGAUGAAAUUCCAAUGUUAUUUCAAAGCACCCUGCAUCUUUGAAAAUGUGUCCUUUGUAAAUUUUCAUUACCCAGAGAUCAAACAAAUAUAAGCUUUCUUCAAAAUAUUCAGAAAUGUGAAACUCACAAUCGAUAAACCAUCAUUUAUGAACGGUUUACUUGAAUGAAAUAUCUACUCUCUGGUUGAACAUACCUCAGCAAUGUGUACAACAUUGGCUGCUGGAGAAGAUUUUUAUCUAUCAUUUCUCAUCAACAUUGCAAAGCAAAUGAUAAAUACAAAUUACAUAGUAUUUUGUAGGAUACAAAAAAAAAACAUACAUUUGAACACUUGGUUUCUUACAUCUUAUUAACUCUUUAUCUCUACCUGUUUAUCCUUACAUCUUACGUUUUAGAUUUUGUUUAAUGUAUAUCAUGUUAUUCAGUUGUACCAUGAUCACAAUCAUUUAUUUAAUACCAGAAGAAAUAAUUUCCUAAACAACUAUCUGUGCCAUAUAAGAAACUCAAUGCACACAGUCAUUUAAUAAACUUUAUUGAAUUCUAAAAAUUAGUUCCAACUGAAUAUUCAAAAACUUUUGAUAUUCCUUCUAAUCAGAAUCCUGAAGAUUGCUGAAAGAUAAAAUUUAUUUUAAACACUGUCAAUAUGGAACACACCACAACCAAUGGACUAGUGAUGAAUGAUGCAGCAAUUGAAAAAAUAUUAGCAGUUGAAAUAUUUUUAACUAAGAAAGAUGCAAUGUCACACACUGAUGUAUUUUGUAGCUUAUUGUCAUUUUUUCUUGUUGUGUAUCAAUUAGCUUUUAGUACAAUCAGUCACAUUGAGCAAUUAAAAAGAUGUCUACCAAUUAAAAUAGAAAAGUUUCCAUUUAAUAAAUCUUCACCAUAUCUACCCUCACAGUUGUACAACAUGUUAAUCUUUUGUGUUCUAAAAUUUCAAGUGUGAAAUAACAUUAAAGGGCUCAACCCUAUAGUUAUCAGAUUUAUGAUCAAAGUAGCACAUGAAUGGCAAGGGUUCUUUAAGGACCAGAGUUCUUAAAGGUACUAAUCAAGCACCAAUCAUCACUUGAACCAAUGAACAGAAAUCGUUCACUUUCAAACCUAUUUCUUAUCCUUCCUAUAUCUUCCUAUCCCUUUCAAACCUUUCAAUUUCCAAUUUACUCCCCCCACACACACACACACACACAUUGGAAAUGUUUCACUAACCCAUGCACUCCCCAUUUCAUUCACCUUCUUCCCUAUAAUUCAUCUCCUCAGUUUUUGUAUUUCUAUGUGGUCACAACUCUAGAUGCUUUGUAACAUGGAACAAUAUUUAUAGAGUUUGGGAAGUAUUCAGCUAUCUUUAAUAAACUUGUAAUUAUUCUUUUUUCAAUUUACAUUUGUGGAACGAUAAAGUAAGAAUCUUAUAUUUACAUAAGUUUAGUCAAUCCAAUCAUUUUCAUGUUAUUGUGGGAGGUAAAUCUGAAUUUGUGGUUUAUUUUGGUACAGUUUUUACUGUUUUUUGACUAAAUAAAUCUAAAUCUUAAGUCUUUCAACAAGCAUAUGCCUUUUAAAAAAUAAGUUGCUCUCUUUAGAAAUAAAUAUUGUUCCAUGAAUAACCUUUUUUGGCAACUAUAAAUUUUGUGAAUGUACGUAAAGGAGGCAAGUAAAUUAAUAUUUUUAUGUCAUUUAUUUAUAAUUUCAUUAAUGUGAACUUUUUAAA